AUGGAGGAUUACCUUGUGUCGGACAAGUUCCGCAACGAGACUGUUGCGCGUAUGUCUGGGGCUAUCCAGAUCCCCACCCAAUCUUAUGACGAUAUGGGUGAUGUGAACGAGGAUGAACGCUGGAAUAUCUUCUACGAUUUGGCGGCUUAUCUCGAGAAGACUUUCCCCCUCGUUCACAACAACUUGAAACUAGAGCAUAUAAACGAGCAUGGCUUGCUAUUCACUUGGGAGGGCGACAAAACUUUGAAGCCCACGGUGCUGAUGGCACAUCAAGAUGUCGUUCCAGUCGCCGUACCGACCUGGGAUCAAUGGACGCAUCCCCCCUUCUCUGGCCACUACGACGGGAAGUACAUUUGGGGUCGGGGUGCGUCGGAUUGUAAAAACACUUUGAUUGGCAUUUUGGAAGCCGUAGAAAUGCUCAUCCACGCCGGAUUCGAGCCGAAGAGAACUCUGGUGCUUUCAUUUGGCUUUGAUGAAGAGAUAUCUGGCAGACGGGGGGCCGGUCAUCUUGCAUCUGUCCUGAUUGAGCGCUAUGGAAAAGAUGGUGCUGCUAUCAUUGUAGAUGAGGGUUCGGGCAUAACCUCCGCUUGGGGCAGCACAUUCGCCCUUCCAGGCGUUGGCGAAAAGGGCUACCUUGAUGUUGAAAUAAUAGUUCGUAUGCCUGGUGGACAUUCCUCCGUUCCACCCGCCCACAAUGGUAUUGGCGUCAUGUCGGAGCUCAUCACAUUGAUCGAGGCCGAUCCUUAUGAGCCGCACUUCCACUCGGAGAACCCAUUUCUUGGCCUCUUACAAUGUGGUGCCGCGCAUAGCCCGGAAUUUCCUAGUAAACUAAAGAAGCUUCUCCCAUCACACCAGGAAAGAGUUUGUGGGAAAAAGGACAAGCUCGCUCAGGAAGCAUCCAAGCUAGGCGAUGAGAUCAAAUACCUCUUUACUACAUCUGCAGCUCCUGAUAUCAUUGAAGGGGGUGUGAAGGUCAACGCUCUUCCGGAACGCACCAGGUUGGUCGUCAAUCACCGAGUCAACGUUGGAGACUCCUCAAGUGUUGUGAAAGACAAAUUGACCAAGUUGGCAACUAUUGUCGCCAAGAAAUAUAAUCUAACAGUCAAUGCAUUUAGUGAUGAGAGUGAGACGCCCAGGUCCAUCACGCUCAGCACCGGAACUAUCCUAGAACCUGCACCUGUCACGCCAACGCUGGUUGGGAAGACACCGUACUCUAUCUUGUCUGGCACGACUCGCGCGAUGUAUGGAGAGAACCUUAUAAUGGCUCCAGGAAUAAUGACUGGCAACACCGACACAAGAUACUACUGGGACUUGACGAAACAUAUAUUCAGAUUCAUUCCCGGCUGGGACCCUGAACAGAAUUUCAUGGACGGUAUUCAUACGGUGGAUGAAAAGGUUGGGGUCAUCGGGCAUAUCCGAAACGUUCAGUGGUUUAGCUCUUUCAUUCGAAAUAUGGACGAGGCAGACCUGGAAUAG